UUCAAUUGGGUUACAUCGUAUCAUUUUAUCGACCUAUACGCUUUGAGAAUACAGUAUUCUCCAGACUGACAUUUCAUUUGUACGGCGUGACGUUAUCGAGCUGCUGCGAGUAGUGCGGACUACGUUAUCAAUUAACUAGGAAAACAACGCCGUGCUUCUCUCAAAUAGCUGUCUAAUCCAGACAGUUCAUAUUGUGGACGCAGAUUUGUGCGCAGGAUGGGGGGCACUGAGAGCACCAGGAAAGUGUCUUUCGCUGUUGAUGAGGAGGACAAUGUCCGGGUUCUGCAUGGAGUUAAGCUCUCGGAGGAAGUCCUCCAGAGGAUGCGGGGAGCGACGCGGGAGGCGGACGUCAGGCCGCCGCCCGGCGACAGCCACAGGGAGGAGCCUGUUCCGAAACCCGUGACCCCUGAUCCACCACGGCCUUCUCCACCACUACAACCAUCUGAACCCCCGCGACCCUCUGAACCCCUGCGACCCUCUGAAUCACCACUACCUGACACCACCUCUGAGCACACACUUCCGCACCACCCUACCUCCCUCUUACACCUCCCCCUAGCUGGUGCUCAUUCCCUCCCUCUCUCUCUCAGGUACGAGCGGGAGCAGGCCAUCAUGAGGGAGGAGCUGGCCCGGAUCACACGGCGGGAGAGGGAGGUUGCGCGGGAGGACCUGAGAAAGGCCUUGAGGAGGGAACGGGGAAUCACACACACCGAGGCAGAGAGGGCCAAAAACCUGCCUGCCGAACUGGACGAAUGGGGGAAGCAGCUGGAGAGGAAAGAGGCGGAGCUUAAGAAGCAGGAGGCUUUUUAUAGGGAGAAGCUGACCGAGCUGGAAAAGAAGAACCUGGAGUACUACAAACAGGCGCGCGAGCAGUUUCGGGAGGCCGCCAGCAGGAUGGAGGCACGCGUGAAGCCGCGCAGCACAGAGCCCGCCUGCCCCACGCUGCAGAGCCAGAUCCUGCAGUGCUACCGUGACAACCGCGACCAGACCCUGCGCUGCUCCGACCUGGCCAAGGAGUACAUGCAGUGCAUCGACGCUGCCAAGAAGAACCUGCUGGUGAACCACGGCUGAGGCGGAGAGCCGCCCCGCUGUCCACCCGCUCAGCCGCGACCGCGACCGCCAACCUUUUUCUGAACCGGGGACGAUGGUCGAAAAGCGGCGUGCCUUCCCCGUAUGGUUUUAACGUAUUUAUCCUGCUUCAUUUCUUAAGAGUCACACUACGGAGCGCGCCCGCACGGUCGGACCGGUCCGCGUGGUCCCAGCGGGCCGAAGACGACCGACCCCCGGUCCUGGGUUCACCCGGGAAGCUUCUGCCGCUGAACUCAGGAGAGACACCCUGAACUCCCGAAAUCAGGGGCGCGCGGUCAAGGCCGACGGAAAUCCACAAAAAAAACUGUUUAAUUUCACACGAUCGUUGCUUUCAUAAACCUUUAUUUUGACGGUGCGUUUCCCGCAUAGCGUAAACAUUCGCGGGAUAUAAAAAUAGCCGAAUGAUGCAUGUGGAUCAGAAGGUACAGGCUAGCUCACACACGCCCCUAAAGGCUUUUUCUGUGGGAUUUUCUGACCGAUUCGCACGCGAUUUGCGCUCUGACGCCUUGCACUCUGUCUCCCCUGACCGCGCGCUCCUGAGCGGUAUAACCCUAAGGCUGCAUUGUACUCGUAACGGCAAUAAAGCUCCCUCCUGAGGGCCUCUUUCA